CACUCUCACCGAGGCCGCCGCCGCCGCCGCCGAGCCAUGGAACCCGGGGUGGGGGGGUGGGGGGGUGGCGCAGCUGGUACGAGAGGGAGAGGUGGACGACGGUGGCGGCCGGCCUUGAUCCGGCCGGUGGCAGCGGGAAAGGGGGGAGCCGGGGAGGUGGCGGCGUGCUAGAUAUGGAAACACUUCGGAGAUGGCGAUGGCCGUCGAGGCGCGCGGAUUCAGGGUGGGGGUGGUCGAGCUCACCGGCGGCAAGGGACUCGCCGGGUGGUCGAGGUCUCCGAUCAUCCGACGCGGAGAGUUGCUUGGGUUUUCUGUUUCUCCAUGGUUGGUAAAUAAUAGCAAUUCCAUCCUGGAAUUCUCCUCCUCCCAUUCCCGAGUUUCCGACGAGACGCUUUGGCAAUGGCGGUGGCGCCAGAUCACGCGCCCGUAUUCGUGGCGCUGCCGCCGCGGAUUCCGCGGGAUGGACAUGGGGAGGAAUUUCCCGGGCUUGGACUUGCCUGUCCUUCUCUUUUCCUCCCUUGUUCUUGGGGUGGGGUUGGCGGAUUGGGGAAUCGGCUUCGAGCUGAUUGGUUUUGACUGCGCCAUCCGAUUUCUUCGCUUUUGUGGAGGGGGGCAGCACGGCUGUGCAUUUCGUUCUCUUGUCGUGGAUGCCCCCGGAAUUUAUCCCCAAUUCUCGCUAUACUUGCUCGUCUACAUCGGUGUGUUUCUUGGAGCAUUUCAAGCACUUCUCGUCUUCAUCGAUGCAUUUCUUGGAGCAUUUCAAGUGUCCAGCGUCUAAAUCGCUCAGGCGAAUUUGGAGGAGCCUUUAGGCGCAUUCCGCUCAAAAUCAAGUGGAAUUGUUGCAUGAAUCUUCAGAUUGUUUUGGCUGGAUUGCCAGGUUUCUUCGAUCAUUUUUCUCUACGGGGCUGAGGAAUUUUUCGCCCCAUGCCCGGAAAGCUCCAAAGGGGAUGUUUGCCACAAUUUUCAGAGUAUCUGUGUUGAGAUGAUCGGUGUGGUGUAGAAGGAAGCACGCAAAUGAUGAGGCAUUGUAGGAGAGAAUGGCUCCUCGCCCUGUGCCUCAUCUCUGUGCAGCUCCUCAUUCCAACAGGCUGCGAGGGGGUUCUCGUCGCGGCAAGCAACAUGUCGCCACCUGCUUUGACACCACUCCUCAUCAAUCAAGUAGACCAAUUGGUAGAACAUGCAUGGGUCAAGUGUGGAUUGGACAAGAGAACUCUUGAAGAUGUUAGACGCCACUUCAACUACAACCAUGUAUUGGCAAUUCUCCGUAGAAUGUCUGGGCAAGACAUUAAGGACACCUCUCCUGACAUUGAUGGAGGGACCAGUGUAUUAUCACUAGAAAGGAGGGACGCUAUACUGAACUGUUUAAGCAAGCAGAAUUUCAUGAGUAUCGCUGGACAGGAUGGUUUAAAAAUCUUGUCCGCUGAUUAUAUCAAAGCACUUAUUGCCUCACUUAGAACAGACCUUGCUCAGGAAUCUUCAACUACAAAGUCAAUACCUGAACAAGCAGGAAAACCUGUCCCAGGGAAAACUUCUACACCAAAACCUGUAAACAAACCAACCGACAGUGUAUCAUCUCCACCAGAUCGUUCAUAUAAAUCAGCUCCUACAGAAAAGGAAAACCCUCCUACUAAAUCAGUAGCGGAAAAGAAAAAGGACAGCAGUGGCAUGCCAAAUGCUUUCAUUGGUUUGUCCAUUGCUGGCAUAGCUCUUAUGGCUCAUCUCUGUUUGUGCUGCUUCAUGUGCCAUGGGACUUCCUCAUCUGACUUGAGGGAUGAUAAACCACUUCUGACUCUAAAUCCGAGCAACUUGUCCGCUGCUUCUAAAUCGUCCCAAGGAAAUCCAAUUGAUGUCAAUAAGCUUGGGGUAGUGUCGUUGAAAUCAGAGGCUGGUCAAAAUGGAGAUGUGAAACUAAUUUCGAAGGAAGGCACAAACAAUGUGAAUGUGGUGCACCCAGUGAGUUCUGUGUCAGAAUCAACAUUGAUGCCACCUCCGGAAGGCGCAAACAACGUGAAUAUGGUGCACCCGGAAGGCGCAAACAACAUGAAUGUGGUGCACCCGGAAGGCGCAAACAACGUGAAUAUGGUGCACCCGGAAGGCGCAAACAACGUGAAUGUGAAUAUGGUGCACCCAGUGGGUUCUCUGUCAGAAUCAACACCGAUGCAGCCUCCUGUGAUGCCACCUCCAAUUCCGAAGCUUCUUUCUCCACCAGCACCCCAAGCUCCCAUGCCACCAUUAAAGGCUUCUCCUGUUCCUCCCCCAGAACCUUCACCACCUCCUGCUCCAAAAGCUGCACCUCCACCGCCACCACCAAAAUCUACUGGCCCUGGCCCACCUCGCCCGCCACCGCCAGCCAUGCCUGGUUCUUCGAAAACACGCCCACCGCCACCUCUUAAGCCAGGCGCUAAGGUGGGUGCUGUUGAAAAUUCUAAUGAAGCUAAAACAAAGCUCAAACCAUUCUUUUGGGAUAAAGUAACUGCCAAUCCUGCACGAUCGAUGGUGUGGGACCACCUUAAAUCAGGAUCAUUCCAGUUUAAUGAGCAGUUGAUGGAAAACCUUUUUGGUUAUAAUUCAACUGACAAGAGCAGUGACACCAAGAAAGAUUUAUCAUCGAAAGAUGCCACUCAACUCAUAAGGAUACUUGACCCCAAAAAGGCGCAGAACCUAGCUAUAUCAUUGAGGGCGCUUGGUGUUUCACCUCAGGAAGUAUGUAGUGCAGUUAAGGAAGGAAGUGAACUUCCAUCUGAUUUGAUACAGACCUUAAUAAGAUGGUCCCCAAGUAAUGAUGAGGAGCUCAGGCUUCGAUUAUACAGUGGGGAACUCUUUCAACUUGGUCCUGCAGAGCAAUUCUUAAGAGUAAUCAUAGAUAUUCCUUAUAUUUUCCAGCGCUUAGAUGCAUUGCUUUUCAUGGCCAAUUUACCAGAAGAAGCUUCAAAUGUGAAGCAAUCCUUUGCCACUUUGGAGGUGGCUUGCCAGGAGCUUAGAAACAGCCGUCUUUUUAUGAAGUUACUAGAAGCUGUCCUCAAAACCGGAAAUCGGAUGAAUGUUGGCACUUUCCGUGGUGGAGCUCAGGCUUUUAGACUCGACACGCUCCUCAAGUUGUCUGAUGUCAAAGGAACUGACGGAAAGACAACACUAUUGCAUUUUGUUGUUCAGGAAAUCAUUCGUUCCGAAGGUGUCCGUGCUGAACGGGCUGCAAAGGAGCAGAACAGUGGCGUUUCCAGUGUGAAGACUGAUGAUCUAGGUGACAAAAGUGAGCAAACUGAAGACGGUUACAAACAACUGGGGCUGAAAGUUAUCUCCAGCUUAGGAGAUGAACUUCAAGAUGUUAGAAAGGCAGCUAUCCUAGACGCGGAUCAAUUGACUAUGUCGGUAGCAAGUCUUGGCCACAAGCUCAUGAAAACCAAUGAAUUCUUGAACAUGGACAUGAAAAGUUUGGACGAAGACAGUGGGUUUCACCGCAAGCUUACGCACUUCGUACAGCAGUCUCAGACUGAUAUUACUUUCUUGCUGGAGGAAGAGAAGAAAAUGCGGUUAUUGGUUAAAGACACCGUCGACUAUUUCCAUGGAAGUGCAGGAAAGGAUGAGGGCCUCCGGUUAUUUGUGAUAGUAAGAGAUUUCCUUGCAAUGCUGGACAAGGUGUGCAAGGAGGUGAAGGAAGCAUCAAAAGUUGCUCCAGUAAAAGCAAAAGCCAAACAGCCCUCCCAAUCAUUGCAGUCAUUCCGUGAUCCACGGGUUAAUCUUUUUCCGGCGAUUCAACACCUGAGGGCAGAUAGCUCUAGCUCAAGUUCUGAUGAUGAAAGUUAGAUCAACAUACCUAUGUUUUACCGUGCACACUCAGUGAGAAAAAUUCAUCAGGAAAUGAUAACGCCAAAACAGGUUAAAACUGAAUCGAUCUUCUAUCGUUGGGUUGUUAUCUGUUCCGACCCUGCAUUCUUCACUUUUGAAUUUCUGAUUCUAUCAAGCAAAAGAGUUGCACAAAACUGAGGCUACACAUAAUUGGAAGGGAUGCUAUGGAAAGUAAAAUUUAGCAGGAAAUGGAAGGAAACUGACCUCCUAGUUCUAUGUUAGGGCAGGGAUAACCGGCUGACUGAUAGUCUGACACUUUUUUUUCUUUUACACAUUUGUACAACCACAGAAAGGAAGAUGUAUAGACAUUAGACAGAGAUAGAAAAAGCACCACAUGAACUGGCAAAACGGGCAAAUGUAACCUUUAAACUGAAACAUCAUGUGUUCCUAUCCUGCGUGAACUCUCCUGAAAUGCUUGUUGCAUGGAGAACAAUUUUCAAAAGAAAAGGAAAUAUACUAAAUGUAUUCAAUGGUGAA